AUGAAUUUCCAUAUGCAUGCGAAUGCUGGCCUAGCAGUAAAAUUAUUGGGCUUGCGAAGCGUCGUUAAUAAAAGUGUGAGGAAAUAUGAAACUGGGUAUGUAAACACUAGGCCUUGUUUUAUUGAUAAAAGAAAAACCCUAGGCCCAUUUCUGCAACGCCUUAUAUUGCUGUGUUUGGGCGUUAGGGUUUCUGUCAUUUCUGCAACUCCAGAAAAUCACCUCCCGCGCCGAGCUCUUCAAUAUUCUGCAGCCAUGGUUCUCAAGACGGAGCUUUGCCGUUUUAGCGGCGCCAAGAUCUAUCCUGGAAGGGGCAUCAGGUUUAUCCGAUCAGACUCUCAGGUUUUCCUCUUUGUUAACUCAAAAUGCAAGAGGUACUUCCACAAUCGCCUGAGGCCUGCUAAGCUUACUUGGACUGCCAUGUAUCGGAAACAACAUAAGAAGGAUGUUGCUGCUGAAGCCGUGAAGAAGAGGCGCCGUACCAACAAGAAGCCUUACUCAAGGUCCAUUGUUGGUGCCACCUUAGAGGUCAUCCAGAAGAAACGAGCUGAGAAGCCAGAGGUUCGUGAUGCUGCACGUGAAGCUGCCCUACGUGAAAUUAAGGAGAGGAUCAAGAAAACUAAAGAUGAGAAGAAGGCAAAGAAGGCAGAAGUUAUGUCAAAGCAAAAGACUUCUGGCAAGGCCAACGUACCCAAGGGAGCGGCACCCAAGGGCCCGAAGAUUGGAGGUGGCGGCGGCAAGCGUUGAAAGGUUUUUGCUUCUAUAUGGUAUGCAUAAGGAACACAAAUGGUUAUAAGCCAUGUGUGCUGGUUUUGGUUUUGACCUACAAGUUAUUUUCUGUGCUUGAACAUUAUCUUGUAAGGUCUUAGACUUUGUUUUCACUAGAAAUAGCUUACAUUUUCUCAACUUUGGUUGCACAUCUAAUGUUUACUUUAAUUUAAAAUUAAUUUGUUGAGCCCAGCUUAAAAGUA